AUGGGCUCGUCCGACGACGCAGGGUCGCUCCCGAGCGACUUUGGCGGUUCGGACGAGGAGAUAUACGGUGAAUUCGAGGAUGUAGAGGAAGACGAGAAUGGCGGGCGCGCGGGCGCGGAAGAGGACGAGGAGGACAGCGGAGGUGACGACGACGACGACGCGCCGGGCGAGGAUCCGCACGGUCCACGGAUGCGCAGGCUCGGGAGGGACGACGAGGAGCUGCUCAUGUCGUCCGUGGACGCCUCGGACGCCGCCCUGAUGCGCCUGGAGGCGAACGCGCUCCUCGACGAAGCCAGGGUCGACUAUGCGCGGACGAAGACCCUUCAGGCCUACUUGCGUGACCUGCGCGACGCCAUCCUCGCGCUGCCGGCGCGCAAGAUCAGCGCUGCGUCGUGCGGCGUCGCGGGCUACGUCGAGGGCCUCCGGUCGCCCGUGCCCACCGACGCGAAGCUCCAGUUCGCGCCGCCAACCUCCGUCGACGUCAUCGGGAGCUACCUGCCGCGCACCGCGGUCGCGGGGGCCGACUGCCACGUCGACGUGUCGCUCGAGCUCCCCGAGGCCGUCCUCGCGUCGAAGGACCACGUCUCGCACAAGUUCCACGCGAAGCGCGCCGUGUAUUUGGGGGGGGUGUUGAGGGGUCUGUUUGGGGGGGUCAGGAAGGGGCAAGGGCCGGCGGCUGGGCUGGCGGUGCGGCUGUCCGUGCGUCCCCCCGUGGCGGCGCUGCCGCUCAGCAGGCUCGGGCCCGACCGGAACAACGUCAGGACGCACCGUGCGGCGGGGGCCGGGGCGGCGCGGGACGCGAACGGCGCGGAAGGAGCAGCGGAGCUGCUGCCUACUCCUGUGUACAACCACGCGCUCCUGAGGGACGCGCUGGCGCCGGAGCUGCUUCGGCAGGUGCACCUGGCGGUGAAGCAGUGCAGGGGGCUGCAGGACUGCGUCGUCCUGCUCCGUGUGUGGGGCAGGAAGGCGGGGGUGUCUCCGCGAGGGGGCGGGGGUGUCACGGGCUUCAUGCUGCAGAUGCUGGCGGUGCACCAGGCACUGCAUGGCAAGCUGCACAGCGCAAUGAUGCCGCUGCAAAUGAUGCGGGCGGUGCUGCAGCUGCUCGCGGAUAUCAAGACGAUGGAAGCCGGGCUCGAAAUGCCCAGGACGCACCUCCAGGGCGCCAAGGCGUCGCCGGCCCCGCUCGCGCUGCACCGCGCGCACCGUCCCUGUGUGUUGCUGGACGCGACAGGCUUCGUCAACAUCUUCGCGCCCCUCUCGCGGUCCGCGCUCGCGCACGCCUCGCUGGCAGCCGCCGCCUCCGUGCGUGCCCUGGCGCAGCCCGCGUCGCCCGAGGAGGCCUUCGAAGCGAUCUUCCUGGAAACGAAACCCGUCGUCGUUCGGUACGACUUUGCCUACGCCGUGACGCUGCCGCAGCAGAACGACGGCGCCGGGGGCGCACAGGACGUGUCCGGCGACCUGCCGUCGUCGGCUGCGGAGGAGGCGCGCGUCGAGGAGCUGCUGACGCAGGGACUGGCGGACCGCGCGCGUGCAGUCGUGUGCCUCCCGCGGGGGCUCCGGGCCCCUGAAGCGGCCGCCCGAGGCAGCGCCGCGCUCUCGGCGGUCCCCUCGCCAGAUUCCGCUCCCCUGAUGGUCGGCGUGCUCGCCGACAGCGCCCAUCUGGCCCGCAGCGUCGACCUGGGCCCGUCCCCCGAAGACGCUGUCGCCGCCAGGGCCUUCCGCGAGUUCUGGGGCCAGCGGGCGGAGCUCCGGCGGUUCAAGGACGGCAGAAUCGUCGAGACCGCCGUGUGGGACACGGACCCGAGCGAGCGCCACGCGAUCCCGGACAAGAUCGUCAUGCACGUGUUGAAGCGCCACAUUGGGGCCAACACCGAGGCGGUGCGGACGGCCGGGUGCCUCGACGCUGCGCUCACGUCCAGCGACGACGUCGUGGCCGCGAGCGCCGAGCGCAACGCGGCGAUGCUGGACGCUGCCGUCGACAAGCUGUCCAAGCAGCUGCGGGCGCUGGCGACACUGCCGCUGCGCGUGCUGUCCGUGCAGCCGCUCGCGGCGACGCUGCGCGGGACCGCGCCGUUCCCGCCGGCCCCUCACCCGUUCCUCGGCGGCCCGCGCGAGGGCGGCGGGCGCGGCGCCCCGCGCUGCGCGGACCCGGUGGAGGUGCUCGUGAGCCUGGAGGGGUCGGGCAAGUGGCCGGAGGACUCCGAAGCGUAUUUCAAGAUGCGCGCGGCGCUUGGUAUUCAGCUGGGUAGCGCGUGCGAGGAGGCGUACGGGCACCCGUUCCGCGCGUCCGAGCCGUGCGUCGACAUGCUCGUCGACGGCUUUGCCCUCCGCCUCAUAUUGAACACCGAUCGAGAAGACAUAAUUGCGGAAAAGGCGGCGCUGACUGGCAAGCCCGCGGCGCCGGACCCGGCGCUCGCCGUCCUCCGCGGCGUCCACGGCGCGACGCCGGUGGCGCGCAUGCUCUGGCUGCACGGCACGGUCGCGUACGUCAGCCAGAAACACCCCGCCAUGCCCGCGGUGGCUCGCCUGGCGAAACGCUGGGCCGCGGCGCGGCUCCUCUCCCCGCACGUGCCCGACGAGGUCUGGGAGCUCCUCGCCUGCCACGUCUUCUGCGAGCCCGCCGCGUCCCCGCCGCCCGCCACACGCCUGCGCGGGUUCAGCACACUGCUGUCGCUGCUCGCUCGCUUCCCGUUCCACGCCCGCCCGCUCGUCGUGGACCCGCGCAACGAGCUCGGAAGCGACGCGUACCGCACGGCGCUCGCGGCGCUCGAGGACCGCGCGAAGGACCCGUCGGGGGGGGGGAUGUUGAUCGCGGUCCCCGGGGACGUCAAGGGCGACUUGUGGACCGGCAGCACGCCCUCGCAGGGAGUCGUGGCCCGCAUGGCCGCGCUGGCCGCGGACGACCUCGCGGCACUGGAGGCAGCCGCGACCGGGGACCCCUCCGCGCCGCCACCGCUGCGCAUCUUCGCACCAAGCCUCCGCGACUUUGACGCGCUCCUCGUGCUGCGCAAGGAGGCCCUUCCGCACCCGGACCGCGCCCUGCAGGCGCCCGCCGGCCUCCCCUCGGGCGCGGCUGCUGCCUGCAGCGCGGUGACGGGCCCGGGGGGCGCUGGCACGGCCAUGCGGGGCCUCCUUGAUGGCCGGGGGGUGUUGCCAGUGCCGCCGCCGGCGAAGCGCGCGCGCGCGAUGCUGCGCGCGUUCCCGGCAGCGGUGGUCGAUGUGCCGGGCGCGGACGUCGAGCGGCUCCGGAAGGACGUCCUCAUCGGGUUUUAUCCGCAACGCACCCUGGUGGGGCUGUUGCAGCACCGGCUGGGGCACCUGGCGACGUUCGGGGCGGACUUCCUGGGCGGCUCGCGGGUCGUGGGGGUGUCGUGGCGCCCCGAGGCGUUCGUUCCGGCCCCUGUGGACCCCGCACGCGCGCACGCGUGCGUGCCGCUGGUGUCGGGCGGCGGGGGGGAGUCGCGGGAGCUGCUGGUCGUGCCUGACGCGGCGGCGGCGCUGGCGGAGGCGGCGAGCAUCGGGGAGGGGCUGAUUGAGCGAAUCGCCGUAGUCAGCUCGGGCAGCUUGUUGUGA